UAAUCGAUAUGUCAGCUCAAUCGAGAACGGACAUCACUAGUGUCAAUUUAAGCAGCGUUUAAACAAUAACAAAAAAUCGAAGAAUUUAACGUAAAUAUUAAAAACCAUAAUGAGUUCUGUUUGUGAAAUUGACGUGAAAGAUUCUUUUCUUGAGAGUAGUAUUAAAGUCGAGGAUGCACGCCUGAGUAAACCAACGAGAAGCAAAAUCGCCAGCAAACGAUCACCUCUUAGCUGCGAGAUCUGCGGUAAGACGUUCGCACAAACUUUACUUUUUACCUCACACGUACGGGUGCAUUCCGGGGUGAGUCCUUUCGAAUGUGACGCGUGUGGAAGCUCGUACUCUAGUUCGCAUCAGCUGGAGAAACACCUCGAGUCCGGGACACAUGCACGUGCACGCCCCUUUAAAUGUGAACUGUGCGACCAACAAUACACAACCAGAAAAUACUACUUAUCUCAUAUGCAUAAACACUCCGGAAACCACGUAGUCAAGUGUGAUGUGUGCGGGAAAGAUUGCAAAUCAAUAGUAAACCGGCAGAUUCAUAUGAGAGAACAUCGUAGAAUCCCUGGAACAGAAAGAUCGUACGAGUGCGAGAUCUGCAGCAAAACGUUCGCGACAAAAUACCUCGUGAAACGGCAUCUGCUGGUGCAUACCGGCGAGAGGCAGUUCAAGUGCAACGAGUGCGAGAAAGCAUUUGCCUACCAGUAUCAACUUGACCGGCACGAGAUGACACACUCUGGCAAGCAACCUCGCAAGUUCGAAUGCGACAUUUGCGGGAGAGUGUAUGGAUUCAGGAAAGGCUUAGAAAUGCACACAAAGAUUCAUUUGGGCGAAGAGCCUUUCAAGUGCGACAUCUGCGGUAAGAGCUACACCGCAGGCCAGUACUUAAAGGCACACCAGAGGCGACACACAGGAGAACCUCUUCCCAGUUGUGACAUUUGCGGUAAGAAGUCUAUGCAUAUGCGAAGGCACCGAGCGACGCAUUUGCACUCGAGCGAUCGGCCGCGCAAGUGCAGCAUCUGUGGCAAGGGGUAUAUUACCAAAUGCGCAUUGCUUGCCCACACCCGGACCCACAGCGGGGAACGUCCACACAAAUGCACUGUGUGUGGCAAAUCUUUUCUACAUCAGCAGGGCUUGGAUAAACAUACGAAAAGCCAUGGGAAAGAUCUAGAGGGUCAGAAAAUGGGUUCUACAUGCGGAUAGGAAAGUUCACGCGUGAAAUGCUGUUCGGCAGAUACAACAAAAAGCUAUUUCUUAAUCGAAUUUUGUGACUCCAAUGGAAUGUGGAUUUAUUUAUCGACAACAAAAAAGAUCAAUCUGAAGCAAGUUUUAAGGGAAAAAUCGGCUUUUCAAUAGGGCAACACAAAGUGUACUCAUAAUUAAACUUCAUCACACACUGCCAAACCUAUUAUUGCUUGACUUAAGUGGCAUAGAAAAAUGCAUAGAAUUAAUUUGAAAUCGUAUGGAAUAUUUUAGUCUUCCGAUAAUAGGUUUUUAAUACACUUAACGAUAAAUUCACGGUGGAAUAGGAAUAGAAAUUUGACCAGAAUUCAGAUUGUGAAUGGUGUGCAGCAACUUCCUUAGACUACGGUAAUAAUUAAGGAAUAAAAUAAAAUUCAUAAAAUUUCCUCAUAUCUUAAUAACUGAAAGACCAUCUCAAGUAUUAGAAAAAUGAGCACUGGUUUGCGCGGAGCCACCCGCGCCGCGAUAAACGUCAGAGGUACCCUAUUUACCCCUGAAUAAUCAACACCAUUCCGGACUGCACCUGCCAUUAAGCCCAAGUUUACGAGCUGUCUACCAAAAAAACGACCCCCUGUAAUUGGACUGUGCCGAAAACGAUAGCGAAAAACGAAAAACUUCGUUUGGGAAUUGAGAAAGUUUCUUUUCUACCACGGUUCACAAAAAUUCAAUGGGUAAU